AUGUGUUUCAGUGUAGCGCACGCUGCCUCCCUCACCGCACGAGCUUCUCCUGCAGCCUGUCAUGUCCCAGUGUCCCCCACCCUCUCAGUGUCCCUCACCCUCUCAGUGUCCCCCACCCUCUCAGUGUCCCUCACCCUCUCAGUGUCCCCCACCCUCUCAGUGUCCCUCACCCUCUCAGUGUCCCUCACCCUCUCAGUGUCCCCCACCCUCUCAGUGUCCCCCACCCUCUCAGUGUCCCUCACCCUCUCAGUGUCCCCCACCCUCUCAGUGUCCCUCACCCUCUCAGUGUCCCUCACCCUCUCAGUGUCCCUCACCCUCUCAGUGUCCCUCACCCUCUCAGUGUCCCUCACCCUCUCAGUGUCCCUCACCCUCUCAGUGUCCCUCACCCUCUCAGUGUCCCUCACCCUCUCAGUGUCCCUCACCCUCUCAGUGUCCCUCACCCUCUCAGUGUCCCUCACCCUCGUCCUCUCAGUGUCCCCCACCCUCUCUGUGUCCCUCACCCUCUCUGUGUCCCCCACCCUCUCAGUGUCCCUCACCCUCUCAGUGUCUCCCACCCUCUCUGUGUCCCUCACCCUCUCUGUGUCCCCCACCCUCUCUGUGUCCCUCACCCUCUCAGUGUCCCUCACCUCUCAGUGUCCCCACCCUCUCAGUGUCCCUCACCCUCUCAGUGUCCCUCACCCUCUCAGUGUCCCUCACCCUCUCAGUGUCCCUCACCCUCUCAGUGUCCCCCACCCUCUCUGUGUCCCCACCCUCUCUGUGUCCCCCACCCUCUCAGUGUCCCCCACCCUCUCAGUGUCCCUCACCCUCUCAGUGUCCCCCACCCUCUCAGUGUCCCUCACCCUCUCAGUGUCCCUCACCCUCUCAGUGUCCCCCACCCUCUCUGUGUCCCUCACCCUCUCUGUGUCCCCCACCCUCUCUGUGUCCCCCACCCUCUCUGUGUCCCCACCCCCUCUCUGUGUCCCCCACCCUCUCUGUGUCCCCACCCUCUCUGUGUCCCCACCCUCUCAGUGUCCCUCACAUGGUAGAAAUUAA